CAGGGCUCGGCGCGGAGCGCAGCGCGGCGAAAGGGGGCGCGGGGAUGGUUGAGGCGAUGGAGACGGGCGUGUAGUGCUGUGGGACUGUGCCUCGCCUUUCGCUUCGCCGUAAGCCGCCCCGGAGAGCGGAGCCACCGCGGGUAAAGUAGGAUGUCGUUGUUUAAAGCUAGAGACUGGUGGUCCACCGUACUUGGAGAAAAGGAAGAAUUUGACCAAGGCUGUCUGUGUGUUGCUGAUGUUGAUAAUAGUGGCAGCGGACAAGAUAAAAUUAUUGUGGGCAGUUAUAUGGGAUAUCUCCGGAUCUUUAAUCCACAUCCUGUGAAACCUGGAGAUGGAGUACAACCUGAAGACUUGCUCUUGGAAGUGCAGUUACGAGAACCAAUACUACAGGUGGAAGUGGGAAAAUUUGUUUCUGGUACUGAAGGACUUCAUCUGGCUGUGUUGCAUUGCCGAAAACUCUGUGUAUAUGCAGUUUCAGGAACUCUAGGAAAUGUGGAACAUGGGAAUCAGUAUCAGAUUAAACUGAUGUAUGAGCACAAUCUACAGAGAACUGCUUGUAAUAUGACUUACGGUCCAUUUGGUGGUGUAAAAGGUCGAGAUUUGAUAUGCAUACAGUCCAUGGAUGGGAUGCUAAUGUUGUUUGAACAGGAAAGCUAUGCUUUUGGCCGUUUUUUACCUGGUUUUCUUCUGCCUGGUCCCUUGACGUACAGCUCUCGGACAGAUUCUUUCAUUACAGUCUCUUCUUGUCGACAAGUUGAGUGCUACAAAUACCAAGUGCUGGCAUUUGCGACAGAUUCUGAUGAAAGACAAGAAACAGAACAGCAAAAACAUAGUUCUGGAAAAAGGCUUGCGGUGGAUUGGGUUUUAAACAUCGGAGAACAAGCACUGGAUAUACGUAUUGCCUCCUUUGAUCAGGCAGUGACUUCUGUUUUUGUGCUUGGUGAGAGAAACUUCUUUUGCCUUAAGGAUAAUGGGCAAAUUCGAUUCAUGAAAAAGCUCGAUUACAGUCCGAGUUGCUUCAUCCCUUAUUGUUCAGUGAAAGAAGGAACAAUAAACACUCUAGUUGGAAACCAUAAUAAGAUAUUGAAUGUUUAUCAAGAUGUUACACUGAAAUGGGCCGCUCAACUUCCCCACAUUCCUGUAUCAGUAAAAGUAGCAAAUUUACAAGACUUGCAGGGUGUUAUAGUCACUCUAAGUGAUGAUGGGCAUCUUCAGUGUUCCUACCUUGGAACUGAUCCUUCAGUCUUCCAGGCUCCUAGGGUUGAAUCUAGGGAAGUAAACUAUGAAGAGUAUGAUGCUGAAAUGAAAAAGCUUCAGAAAAUCAUCAGAGAAGCCACAACAACACAAGAUAUUUUGCCGAGAUCUGAAAAACACAGAGAUCUAGUUGUCACAGCAGAAGUUUCACCCGAUUUGGAUGCAGAAUCUCAAGCCAUUGACAGUGAGGUAAAAGCAGAGGCAGUACCAUCGGUCACAGUAAAGAUAACAAUACAGAGCAAAGUGACUGCGCAGAAACCAAACCUGGCAGUAUGUGUACAAGCUCCAUUAGCAGUGACCUGCGACCAGUUCGUCUUUGAUGAUUUAGAACCAGAUUCAUCAGAAACUGUGGUCCUGUCUGUCUUUAUGAAGGGGAAUUGUUCUCCAUCGGAAUUGGAAGGAAAUUGUUUUGUUUCAUAUGAUAUAGCAACAGAGCUCAAUCCCGAAGGGAUACCAAAAGUUGCACAGUGUAACUUCAGGCUGCCUUUGCGGUUAAUUUGCUUUCCAGCUCAACCUUCAAAAGCAGCAAACCACAAGCUAACUAUUGAUACCAAUAAACCUCCUGUCAGUUUUCUCACCAUUUUUCCAGACUUUGCUGAUCCGUCUGAGGAAGACCAGGCAAAUGUUCUGGGAUUUCAGUUUUUAACUGGUUCAAAAACCACUCUUCUUGCUUCAAAAACAUCACAACGAUAUAGGAUCCAGAGUGAUCAGUUAGAAGACCUUUGGCUGAUAACGAAAGAGCUCACGCUUCGACUCGAAGAACAUUUCAAGAAGCAAAACUGCAAAGAUUUUGCAUGUACCUUUUCUGGUUCAAUUCCCCUGCAAGAAUAUUUUGAACUAAUUGAUCGACAUUUUGAGCUACGUUUGAAUGCUGAAAAAUUUCAGGAGCUGUUAUCUGAAAGGGCUGUACAGUUUCGAGCUAUUGAGCGGCGACUGCUGACACGAUUCAAAGACAAAACUCCUGCUCCUCUUCAACAUCUGGACACUUUGCUAGAAGGAACAUUCAGAGAGGUAAUAGCUCUAGCAGAUGCAGCAGAAGAAAAUCAAGCCAACGUGUUCCAGGCAUUCACAAAGUUGAAAAGUGCCACCCAUCUGGUUAUUAUGCUGAUUAGUUUGUGGCAGAAGCUCAGCACUGAUCAAGUUGCUAUUCUGGAAGCUACAUUUUUGCCAUUAGCAGAAGAUACACAAGAGCUGGGUUGGGAAGAAACUGUGGAUGCUGCCAUUUCUUACUUGUUAAGAACUUGUUUGUCAAAGAGCUCUAAGGAACAGGCCCUGACUCUCAGCACCCAGUUGAGCAUGCCCAAAGAUACUAGCAGACUGAAGAAGAACAUCACCCUUUUUUGUGAUAGAUUGGCCAAAGGUGGUCGCCUUUCCUUAAGUACGGACACAGCCGCUCAGCAAGCUGCUGUCAUUCCAGGUGGCUGUACUACAAUCCCAGAGUCUGAUUUAGAGGACAGAAUGGUUAUACCAGGCUCCACACAAACGUUACCCAGUCAUGGGCAAAUCGUGAAGCAGAAAUCCAAGCCUGGUUUGUCUGAGGAUGUAGCAGAGGAAGCAGAAAAGCCAUGAAAUCUGAAGAUGACCCUCAGGAGGAAUUUCUAUCUGAUGUCAAAUGCAUUUAUAAUGCAGCAGUACCAUAACAUUUUACUCUGUACUGAUUGCAGCUUCCAGAAGGAAAGGACUGUGUUAAUAUAUACAAAAAAGUUCUAUUCUAAUAAUUUUGGUUGGGUCUCCCUGCCAUCUUCUAGCGUCCUUCCUGUGACCAAAGUUUAAGCACUUACCCAACUGUGGUAAGGGUGUUGUGUUAUGUUUUGCAAUAUAUCAGCCCUUUCUAAGGAUUCAGUUGAUUGAUCAAAGACUACUUACACAUAGUUAAAAGCAACCUUUAUUUCAGGAUAUGUUUUAUCUUUUUUUAAAAAGAUAUUCUGAACUGUACCUCCCUUUGAGAUUACAUUAACAUUUGUUAUAUCACAGUUUUGACAAAAGAUAAUUAUCUCGUUUCCUCCUGUACUAACAUUCACAAUUCCAGACAGCUGAAUUCACCACUAGAAGGAAAACUGGUAAUCCAUCAACCCUUUUUACCCCCCUCUCAUUGCUUAUACAGACUCCUGCUCUCUAGAGAUAGAGUAAAAUAUGGUUACUGGACAUAAAGGGCAAAGCCUUUUGCCAUUAACUAUGUUGCUAUGAAUGUGAAUAAAGUUUACACUGUAGGUAUCUUGAACACAGCAACACAUGGUUCUUUUUAUGGUUAUCUGUGGUUUCUGUUUAUCUUGCCAGUUUGUUCUAGUUAUGGGUAAGAUCUUCAAAAGUAACUAGCAAUUUUUGAGUGCCUUAAUUUUUAUUAAUUCAUUUGGAGGGUGCUUUGAGGGUUGGGUUUUUAGAAAGUGCUGAGUAUUGCCUAACAAAAGUUGGGUCCAUGCAAGGUGCUUGAAAUGCAACACCCAGCAACUGAGGUGACCUUUAAGAGGACCUUAGCUUAGCAUUUGGAAGCCUCGGGCUCAUGUCUGGGUUCCUGAGAGUGAGUAGAGAUAUCAGUAAAAGAUACUCAGGACUAAAAAUAACCGAGACCUGAAUCAAGUGUAAAAAAUAGUGUCUUAAUAAGGCCUCUCCUGACUAUUGCUUGUUCAUACCAAAAUACAAUUUGCAGUCUUGGAUGGCAAGACAAAAAGCACUUCUGAUUUCAGCUUAAUUUCUGGUGGAUGCAAUUACACAAACCAUCUCUGCAUCCCAUGCUCCUGUUGGUCUCCUCAAAAGGGCUUCACCAACUCCUGUUCUAGCUGUAGAAGAGGUCCCUCCAACUCACUUUUGUGGUAUUUCAGCAGAGGUUGUGACAGUUGCUAUAGUCUGUGCUAGGCUUGGUCUGUGGAUGAAAAGCAGAUGACAUAUUUCAAGAUGUCUUAAGCCAUCAACUUGCAUCAUCACCGUAUCUAUUUUUAACCACUUUGCAUCCACCCCCGAAACAAAACCAGCUUUGUACUACCUGUGCAUCUGCUACUUAACCCUCUGGCUCAGUAAACAUGAUGUAACCAUUUUUCAUGGAGCCUUUUUCAACGUGUUAGCUAUUAAAUAGAGCUAAGUGACCAGGGACUGGGUAAAGCUUCUGAUAUGUCUAGGACUGUCCCCCAGGAAACCUCAGAUAUCUACAAGCUGUAGGGCCAGAAAUCUUGCUGUUUUCCCAGGAAUGAAAAAUCCUACCCCCUGCUUGUUAUGGAGCGAUUCUGCUGGCUGAGUUUUCUUCGCUCUGAUCCCUUCCCCGUGGUUUUUGUCAGGAGAGUAGUAUCCAACCCAUUGUCAAGGUACCCUGCUGCGCUGCGAAAAUUGCACAAUAAAAUAAUCUCCUGUAGUCUCUGUGCACACCUCAGUGACCAAAGAAAAUCCAUGGAGAACGAAUCAAUUACUGUAGCUAUUAGGCUUAAACUUUAACUAUAGAUCUCAAAUCUUCUUUUGUUCUCUUGUCAGCAGCUACUAGGUAAUCUAGAAGACCCAACCACAGUUACUACUGAAAGUCCAUCCCAUAAAGGUGUAGAAUCCUGGACCAAAGAAGUCUAAACUAAAGGCAUAUAAUAUAGCUGGAAAGUACACUACUGUGAUAGUUCUAUGAAAUAUAUUACUCUGUCAUAAUUACCAUUAUUGAAUGUGAUCCCAGUGCUCAGAGCUUCAUUGGGAGUUUAGGGUAACUAACAAGUAGGCACUCAGGUCAAUUAUAUCAUCCACUCUUACUUAAGUUGUUUUCUGUCAUUUUGAGAUGUGAGGCUCAGAAGCCCUCUCAUUUGCCUUUUCUGCUCCAUGCUUUGUAAAAUGAAGUCUCAUGAGAACAGUUUUACAGAAAGGGGAAACCAUGCUGGUAAUAAAGAGAAAAAGAAAAGGUAGAAUUGUCUAUAGUAGUAAUGUAUGACCUCUUUGUAUAUUGCACUAAAUUGCAAUACUUGAUAGUAUCAUCAGGAUUUAAAAGAGAAAUAUAGUUACAUUGAGUAAAAAUUACUUAGUUUUCCCCAAUGCCAAAUAGUCCAUCUAAUUCAGAGGAAGGAAGUCAUUGAAAUAUAGUCAUUUAUGCAGCAGUAUAAGAGGAAAUAUUCUAAAGUAAUUCGUAGCAGUUCUCAAAUGUAGUUUGAAUUUUUAAGAAAGUUCUUUUUGCUGGGAAAAAAAUAGGCUGAUUACAGGAAAUUUUGAAGUCAAGAGAGUUGGCCAACUGAAAAAUGUAAGGAAACAUUGCUAGUUUGGAGGGGACUGAAUGUUUGGUUCUCAUUGACUGUUUUUCAGGGCAAGAGAGACAUUGCUGGGCCAUCAAACUAUUCUGAACAGGAUUUUAGCACAAUGCCUGGUCAGCUGUUCUGUUAAUUAUCAGAUCACAAUAUUUUCAAGUCAAGUCAUUAAUAUAAAUGUCCUAUCUAGAGACCUAAUGACUAAUUCUUCAAAAUGAUUACUCAUAUGAGAACUCGUACGUUACUUUCUGAGCUUAAGUAUGCAGCUUAAAUAUUUUGGUAUUCGAGGAGAAUGUUAUAUGUUUAGAUGUCUCACAGAUAAAAAUGAAUUUUAAAUGAUUAUUUUAUUGAAAUUAGAUUUGUAUACAUAUAUCUAAGUGGAAUUUUGUGGCAUUUUGAAAACCACACUGUGAGUCAUGGCGACUUCAUUAUAUUUGUGCUAUAGCACUUUGAAAUGCAUUUUCUAAAAUAAGUCCUAAUGUAAAAUAGAUACUUUUUUUCUGUUAAGCAGGUAAUUCUAGAGUUUAUUUUCUUGGUAGAUUUUGUUUUCUGAGUGGUAUUGUCCAAGGGCUUUUCUUUCAUUUUGUUUUUGUGCUGUUGCAGUUUAGAAAAACAGAUUAAAACAAUUACCACUGAUGACCAAAAUCUGGAGGUCUGGGCUCUGUUGAUCUUUUGGGCUUUGAACACAAUGCUGAGUUCAAACUAGGACUGUGGUUUCCAGCCCCGGAUUGAUUCUUCUGUCCAACUAUUAUUAAACUAUGACACAGAAAAGCAACAUUACUUUCAGGGGCCUGGGUUUCACUUUAUAAUGUCUUGUCUUUUUCUAUUUUUCAGCCUCUACUCUAGAGCAAGCAUUAGAGAUAAAUUUCAAUAUUCUUGUAUUGCUUAUAGAAAGUAAUUUACUGUCAUAAACUGAAGUUUGCUGAGCAGAGAUUGUAUUUCUAUGUGAAGUCCUUCCAGCAUAAAAAAAAUACAGGGUAUGCAUCAUAUUAAAUAAGUAUCUUUCCUUCUUAUCAGAAUAUCCUGUUUGUAAAGAAUCUAUUAAAAAAACUACUGCAAAGGUGCUGUAAAAUAUAUGACAUACUCCUGAAACCAAGCUUCUGUACUGCUUCUUUAUUUGAAAUUAGCCUUGAUUUCCCCACAGCCUUCUUUGUUGUCACCCCUUGACAGCAUGCUUCUUUGUUCAUUUGCUCCCUUAUAGCGUGAGGUUACUCCAGUAUUUAUGUGGUACCUUCAUAUGCUAUUCGCAGGUCACAUAGUUCUUUUGCAGCUCAAAGGUAAAGUUUGCAUAGCUUUCCGAUGGUUUGUGAGCCUUGAUCCUCUUGAGGGAACGGAAUGCCCUCAGGUCCUGUUGAAACAACUGGCAGGCCUAGGCACUUGCUGUAGGUCUGCAGGGCUGAGUUUAUAAUUAGCAACAGUCACCCAGACUAGAAGUGGUUUUGAAUGUCUUGUUUCCAUGAGGAUUUAUUCUAAUAUUGCAAUAGACCAAGUUCAACACAAAUUUGAUAUUCAUAUAAAGACUGAAAAGCAUUGCUUGGUUUAGAGUCUGAAACUCCUCUCUACUUUUCUGACCCGUCUUGAAAAUUCUUAAAAUGGUCAAUAGCAUCAGGGAUGGUUAUUUCUGUUCUUCUCCUUUGCAAGAUAGUGAGCUGUUUGCUGUAUAGAAGCUGAUAAUUUGGGGGAAUAUGCUUUAUCUGAGAGACCAGAAGUUCACAGCAGAAACACUUAGCACUUCUCUUAGUGCUAAGUGUGUAACAAGUGAUUUAGCUAAUUAUGGGAUAGAAGCAUAACCCGGUUAAGUAAUGUGACCUGGUAUUCUCUGACAAUGUGUACUGAUCUCUAUGUCUUUACAUCUAUGCAGCAUAAGCACAUUUAAAGAAGUAUAAUUGUUUUAAAAUACUGUGGUAUUUUCCAAGAGUUUCUUGUUGUUGGAAGUAGGAAAGGGACUAAAAUACCAUUAUAUUUUCAUAUACCCCCAUUGUAGGUUAACGUUACCUUUGCAUGCAUUGUCAUGUGCUCUAGAUUUACUAUGUUCAUAUGAAGCAUCCAUGCUUGCAGAUGAACUUGCUGCAUUGAACAGUAUCCACCAUCAUGCCUAAAAAUAAAGAAUUGAGCAAAAUCUCAUUUUUAUAGCAGGAAAAAAAUCAUAAAAGUAACCAGGAGCCCUGGAGGAGAUCCACACCCUUGGGCUACAGCAUGUAAAUUGAUGUUAGCUCUAAUGGGAGUAUUUUCCAUUUGAUAUAGCAUAAGCAUAUUGUAUUAUUCACUUGUUUGCAAGCAUCACUUUAACACUACACUCUCUUCAUAAAAAAUAUUUGUUUUGGAAAAUAUUUUUGGCAAGAACAUUAAAGACUCCAGAUGAAAAUGAUAGCAGUGUUUGAUAAGAUAUUUUGAUUCAUCUUUAUAAGCAGAAUAGAGACUUGGAAUUCUCCCUAAGCGGGAAUGGUCAUAGCUCACCCUCCACCAAAGCUCCAGCUGGACGCAGGCUGACAUUCUGCAGUAUUCAGCUGCAGAAACAAGAUAAAAGCUGUUCCGAUUAUGUAAGCUGUUGCCUGAUCAGAAAUCUUGAAGGGGGUCAGUCAUCCUGAGUCAUUACUGUAACCUGAUUAGAGGCCCAAAUCUACUUUCGCUGAAUUUAACUGAGGAUUUUGCCAUUGAUUUUGACAGGGGAGCACCCAUACUCUUCUAUUCAUGGCUGCAUUUUGUAAUAAGAUGAAAUAUAAGAACGGUUAAACUCCUAGCUAGAUGAUGUAAUAAAUUACAAGGAUUGUUCCAAAAGGUACUAUUCCCAAAACACAAUAUGAGUGAGAGUUAUCUGGUCAGUAUUAAUUAAAUAGCUGCUGCAUUCCACUCCAGAAGGGGUUGCUACUCUGUGGAGAGUGAUGCUACAUGUGAAACAGGCCCUUGCAGAAAAAAAAACCAAAACAGACCAUGUUAUACAUGUUUCUUCAGCCGCUUAUGAGAUAAAGUCACUCUCAGGAUGAUCUAUGGCAGCUUUUCAUAAACAAAGCAGCACUAUUAAAUAGUUUAGGAAAUCAAGCAAUGAGCAGUGUGCUCCCCUUCUGCUUCCCAACCAAGAGAGGAGAGUGUGGAAGGGAAGUAUUUCCAGGACAUGUUCUAUUAGGAGGAAUGCACUUACUUAAUUUGGCAUUUGAUCAACAGUAGGUUUGGCUCUCUAUCUUUUAAAAAGUUGCCAUGGUUUCUCUAAAUUGACAUCAUUAUUGUUAUUCCUAUUUCCUGAAUUUCAUGUACUAUUCAAAAAUUGGCACCUCCAGUCUCAUUAUACUGAGACAUUUUAUCAUUGUUAAUGAAUGUAGCAUAGGUGCUAUUCUUAGAUGAUCUUAGAAAACAACAAGGGUUUUGGUCCAAGGAUGACUUGGACCAGUCCUCCUUACUUUGCUAAAUCUGAUGAGACCAGAUUGCAAAGUCUGCAGUGUGUUUGGGAAAGAAAUGAGUUUUUAUUGUAUUGAUUUCAUUACUUUAUUCAUUUAAAAGGAUAGACCAGUUCCACAGCAUCUUGGAAGUGUUAGAGAAUAUAUGAAGAAGCUGGUCUAUAGCAGAUGAUAUUUCAAUUCAUUAUGAAGCAAGCAUUCAAUAAUUAAUAGUUACUUCAAGUGCCCACAAUAUAUUAUAAUCAUGGUUAGAUUCAAUUACAAGAGACAUAGAGGGGAUUAUUGUACUUUUUCUUUCCCUGAUGGUAUAAUGAAGUGAAGGCAUUUGGGAUCCAUAAAUAUUGGAGAACAGUCAAGUUGCUACAUAUAUAACAGGAACUGCUUUUUUUCCAGCUGUCUGGAUGUAUAGUGUCUUCCUUCUGCUUGAGCAAUGACUGUAACUAGGAACUGAUGAGAAUACAACUUGGUUAACGUGGUAUGAUUGCUUCUGAUCCAGUAGCAACAAAGAGAGUUUCUCUUGGCAGCGUAUUUGAGUGCCUUGUGCCAGCUUUAACUGGAUAUUUCGUGGUGGCAUGACACCUAUCUUUCAUCGUGACACUGGACAGCUGCUUUAGCAAGUCCCAAAAGUGGUCAGAAGGUGUCUAACUUGAGGGGAGUGUUUCCCCAUUGCUUUGGGCAACAGUAUUUCAGUUGUAAGGAUUUGCCCCUUCUGACUAGAAGGCCUGGGAGGAGAAAGAGGUGACCCAAAGAGCUGGAUUCCCAGCAGGAUCAUGUCCUAAAACUCCCACGCCAGCUGCCUCAGAGAAAUGUAUUCUCCUGAGAAGAGGAAUCCUACCUCACCUAGGUAAGACUGUGCUGCUGGGAUUAGUACAUUCGGGUAUUUGAUAGUCAGGCACUAGGGAUGGAUGUAGUGAUAACAACCAGUUUAACAUAGGCAAAAGAGGAAUGAAAAUGAAUGUUUUUGUGGCCAAACAACCAAAGAAGAAUAUGGGCAAUGUGACUGGUCUUUUGGAAUAGCUAAUGUAUUAUCAUUGCACUGUCAGUAGUACCAAUCUAGUCCCACACCACUGCGAAUCAAGAGUCAGAGGCAAGCAAGGUCCGAGCAGAAGUGGAUGAUAUUUCCUCGCUGCAGGCAAACAGGACUGGAGAAGGUAAAGGGUGGCCACCUGUGCAAGUGCUACAGGUGAGGUUGGCAAAAACAAGGUGGAAGAGAGUUGUGAAUGUUUUGGUGGCUGUAGACUGUGGAUGGCACACAGUGCACUAAGAAUUGAUUUUAUUUUUCUACUUUCAUCUCUUUUUUUAACAGUCAUUCCACAUCCAGCAUUCAUUAACUCAUCUCAUGGGGAGAGGAGUCCUUUCCUUUGCUUUUAAUCCUUCUUGUCAUCCACAUAUUUGUAGAUAGCAGUCACUCUUGCAAUCACGUCAUUCAUUUCUUUUCCUUAUUGCUUCUUUUUUUCUACCAGAUCCCAUUAACCAUAAAUUGAUGAUUUUGUCCAGCAGCCACUUUGUAGAUGUGUUUUAAAAUCCUGAAAGAAGGAAAACUUGCAGAAAAAUGAGUAUUUUGGUUAAAUCUUUGAAAUACAAUGUAGUUAUUCUUCUCUGGGAUGAAUAACAUUGCUUUCUGCAUCAGGAAAAUAGUGAAUGGAAAACCAAAUGUGUUCUAGAAGUUUUUUUUAAAGGGCGCCUACCCAAGUAUGUCAUCCAACAGGGGAAAGUUGGUAGCUGCAUUGUUUUUUGUAUGACAGCUACCCAGACGGUGAUGUGAUACCUUUUAUUGGGCUAACUAAAGUUAAAAUUAGAACACAGCAAAUAAAUCCCAAUGAGUAACAGAGUUUGUACAUUUAACCUUUCUUGCUUCUCAUUAAGAUCAGCUUUUUCAAACCUGGCCCUGAGUUUUGGUUUCCACUUUACAGCAUGCCAAGAGGGGACCUAAUUGCCUGACCUGGUGAGCUAAAGCUUGGUGAGCUUCCUACCUUCAGGUUAGCGACUUUGAUUGCACAAAAACUGAUAGGCACAAAAAUACAGUGUGGUCCUACUUGCUCAGGUUUAUUGUACUGGCCAGAGAAGCAAUUUCUACAAAUGCUCUUCCACCUUCUCUGUCCUUUGGAGAUAUCUAGUAGACAAAUCCGAACCCUGAGUGCUUAGCUGAGUUAGGCUUCUUAGGUCUCAGACUAGCUAGCUUGUCCAUCCCUAUGUGGCUGAGCUAGGAAAUGAGCUUGGGCAUUUGUCUGUAUGUUAUUUAUUUGGGUUACUAUAGUAGAGCUGGAGGAGGCUUUGUGGUAACAUUUAUGGAAACCUGCAUGCACUGUGACUUUUUGCAUAGAGGUUUGUUACCAAAUCACUUCAGUGAUGACUUCUGACUGAUAUUCAUUCUUUCCUUCCUCUGGUCAUUGCCUUGCUGCUAUAAAUUUGUAGGUGCUCCCACAGUCACCAAGUUUAAAGACAAGUUAAUCCUUCUCCAUAUCACUUUUCCCCCUGUUGAUAGCUAGCUCUCCUUCAAAACCAGCUGUGCAGUACUACAAGUAAAAUGAGCAGCACGGCAGAGGCAAACAGAUCAAACCACCUGUAAAUAGUGAGGUUGUAUAACUUGCACUGAUUCAGCAUCCAGUGGGUGUGGUAGAGCUGUUUCCAAAAUGGUAAACUUAGUCACCAGAGUGGCCAGAGGACAUUAUUGUUCAGAAAAAAAAAAAAACCAACAAACCAUCCAGAGGGCAGAAGAAAAGAGCACCCAUCUUCUCCUCAAUUUCUUGUACCUACUUCAUUAUAACUCGGGGCUAGACUGUUGGUCAUGUGGCUUAUGUUGUGAGAAAACUGUGGGUUUGACUCUCAACUAGGACAAACUAAAAAUGGGGUUGGCAAGGUUCUAACAGCAUGCUUGGGCAGCCCCAGAGCAAUGCACUAUCCCUUUCCCCCUUCUCCUUCUCUUCCAGGCAUGUGCACAGACUCUCCUGUGUAGGGUUGCUUAGUUUAACUUCUGAAGGGUAAAUUUCCUACUCCAGCAUACGAUUCCAGCAGCGGCUGCAUCUGUAGUCAGGCUGUGCCAGCAUCCCUCAACACUCACCGUGGAUUCCCCCGGCUUUGUGCCUCAGCCUGGCUCACAUUAGAGGCGUCAUUUGGCUCCCCUUUAUAUAUUUUCCACCCUUUGUAAACUGUAGCACCAGGUGGUGUUUAGAAAUUACUCAUAAACCAGUAUAAUAGUUUUUUGCCUCUCCUUGCAGAGUCUCACAUCUCUCUUCAUCUUCGCUGUGUGCCCAUGGGGAUAUCUUCGGGUUAAUGUACCACACUAUCUCUGCUAGGCUUGGCUCAGCCCCCGUCCUUCGCCCUGCUAAGGCCUGCAUUAUCAAAACCAACUGAUAAUUUGGUUUGUGCUCAUUUUUUUGAUACCCCAAUUAAACCUGAGGCUUGUGGCUCAGUCUGGGAACCCAGAAAGUGAGGCUCCACAUUUGGAGAAUUUGGUUGCGGGUGAAUAGAGCUAUUGUUUGGCUGCUCCCGUGCUCAUACCUUUGCAAUCUGGCUGGAUCCUGCUAGCUGCAAAGAAAUACUUAGUUAGCAUUACACCUCUUCUAGGAGAAAACAAAGUAUAGCUUUCAGAGCCAUCUUUUCUUCCUCAUUUCUUCUAGUUUGCAUCAUGUAAAUUUGAACUGUCUUGUCUUAAUCCUUUCCUGCACUUGGGCCAGCAGCCGAAAGCCUGCGAAAGUAUGCACAUUCUAUCCUCUGUGCACUCUGCAGAAACAGCUUUACAAACCACAGAGACUAUUUUAAAAUAAAUGGCCAUUUUUUUUAAAUCCUAUCAUUAUGAAGCUGAGGCUUGAUUGUUGUCCUCCGAGUGCUUCAUAGCAGCAAAAUUCCUGUAUUUUGAGAAUCAUACUGUUUAUUCACCCAGUUGAAGUGGAUCCAAAAGCAAAACGUGGAACUGACUAGUCCUCACGAUGUUACUUCCUCUAACAGAUUGCCUGUAUUGUCACUUUGUGGAAGGCUCAGUUGUCAAUUCAUCAUCAUUUGGAGCGUGGGGAUGACUUUUUGGUUUUGAAUAAAGAUGGAGAGAAAUUAUCUUUAAGAAGUUCAGUUGCUUUCAUUGAUCCUCCCACAACAGAACUGAAAGCAGCUUCACUGUGGGGCAGUGAAACUCCCAGUCCUGUGAUUUAUUAUUUGAUGUUUUUUUCUUUUUUUAAUAUGAAAGUUUGUGAAGGUAAAUAUGUGCUUCAAAACAAGUCCAUCUAAGAAAGUAAUUGUGAAAGUUAAGAAAUACCAUCAUGGAUGAUCUCCUAGGCAAAGGUUUGGGUCUUUAUCCUGCACGUGCUCCGCACCAUGCAUGUCACCCCACAUGCCAGCAGGCAGCCAAGUCACGGAGCCUGGUCUCAUGCUGUGAGGGCAACUGCCUUGGUGCAGUCUGUAAGUAUCAGGGUGGACUCAGGCCUUUUCUCCAGGGUUUUCCAGUUUUUCAAAACUGGGUUUCCUUAAUUCUGGCUUCCACGAAACUUCUCCCUCCCAAGAAAAGCCUGGGAUACCCUAGACACUGACAGCCACUGGCUAUCCUUGACUACUUCUGGAACCACGACCCUGCUGGCCCAGGGCUGUGGCUGGCUGUGUGCACAGCACUUAGUGCUGCCUCUUUCAGAGGCUUUGGACCCAAAUUUCUCCUCCUGGGGUCCCCAGGAGAUGCAGCUCCCUUUGGAGAAUGCACCUGUUCCUUGAGUAACCCAACAGAGAGUGAACCUGAGCACAGGGACAUCCCAGCUCUGUAGUUGCUCUGCUUUUCAGUGGCUUCCUCUGGUGACCUGCUGCAACAAAUGCUUACAGAAGGGCCUUCCUGCCCAUAGGUAAAUACUCCGAUUGACCUAGUUGAGCUACGCUGAUGUGUCUAUGUUUCCUGGAGGAGGGUCUAAAUUGGCACUGUGAGCACUUUCCAAAGUACUUCCAGCACUGUAAUGUUGUUUGGGUUUUUUUUUAAAUAAUAGCUGUUUUAUUUAUUAUCUGACUGCGGUACUGAUAUAGACUGCACCACAGCCAUAAGGACUGACUUCAAUUUCCUCAAAACUUAACAAUAUUAAAGCCAGUUUGAAUUUUAAGUGACUUGGUAAAGCUGUAGCUCCAUGCUGUUUUUCAGACUAGCUUAAUUAAAACCCCAAACCCCCAAAGCCACAAAUUCUGUUCUGAAAAGUUUAUCACCACCAGACUCUCACAAGAUAUCGUUCUGUAUGUUAGAAUACCUGCCAGCCACUGCCUUGAGACUUCAGAGUCUACAUUUAAAGAUACCUAAAAUAAAUAGUGUACACCACAUGUAAAUACAUAUUUAAAUUUAUGUGAAGACUUAAAACUGUUGAUUAAUUUUUUUCUUUGGUCACAACUAAUUCAGCUGGCUCUCUUGGGUUUAACAUGCUAAUAUAUAGAAGACAUGUGACUGAUACUUUCCCAAAGUAAAUACUAUUCCCUGUCUCUGUUCACCUCACACUUCUAAAUGAUGUAUUUCGAGGCACGCUACUGUCAGAGAACUUGGGGAUUUGGCAGAACCCCCCUGCAGAUCUGUGUAAUGACACCGAAAGCUCACCCCUGGCACAUUUAAUGAUGCUCUCAUCCCCCCCAAAAGAAACUUAGAUAGCUGAGAGGCACAUAGGUGAACUACACUGCCUCCUGGAAGCACAUUUUUUUCACUUGCUCAAGUGACUGUGUGUUUUCUUUUUGGUGAAGGUCUGAGAUUAAUCUGACCUGGGUGAACUGGUAGCA